UAAAAAUGCAUCCUUUUGUUUAGAGAGUGACUUAAUGGCGUAAUUUUAAAUUUGUGGCAUCUGUAUCUACUGAACCGAUGCUAAAUGAAACCUUGGGAGACCAUGGGAACGUAAGGCAACGCUUUUGUUUCCGGUUGUUAGUCUCGACAGUUAUUGCCUGAUCGUGCAGUACGUUAAAUAUUUUCCUGUGAGGAAUGGAUUUCGAACCGCGUCCUCGUGUUCUGAGUUUUCAGUCAGUACAGUCAUCAACUGAUGAAGACUACGGAGGAUAUAGUGGUUCAGGAAGGCGGACGUCUGAAGCUGGUAGCACGACUUCAUCGCGACGAAUAUCGAUUAAUCCUCAAGGCAGGAAAGCUUCCAAAGUUCCAGCUUACAUCUCUCCGUACCGUCAUUGGAAGAAUCUUAGCGAUUCCGCCCGCGAGAAGUCGGAAAAAGCCGGCCAAGAAGAAGAGAAAAAGCCGGAGGUAGAGAAUACUUACCGUACCGAGCCAAAGAGGAAAUUUCCUGAGAGAGAAGUGAAAGAAAUUAUCCAAAACAGUUUGGAAGCUAUGCUGGGUGAGCUGACCUACAACGCUACAGAAUGUGGCUUUCUGACAAAGCUGCUAAGUUCAAGGAUUAUGGAGCAAGUUAAGAGUCUCAGUAUAGAACGCUAUAAACUUGUUUGUUUGGUCAAUGUGGGCUCAAAACACGACCAAGGCCUCAGGGUUGCCAGUAGGUGUCUUUGGAACGCGGAUUUCGACACACACGUCUCGGCAAACAUCGAGAACGGAACUCUAUUCGCUGUGGCAACAGUGUAUGGGGUAUAUUUUGAAUAACUGAACGAAUCUCGGCUGUCAUUGAUAUAGUUUAUAGACACCCAUUUAAAACUAUUUUAAUCACAGAGAAACAGCGGGAUAUCUGCAAUUAUCUUGGCGAUAUUUACCCAGAGUGUCGCGAUGAUGAAACACAUACAAUUUAUCCAUGCAAUCUUGUUUUUAUCCUUUUCAACAAGUAGUUUACAUCGCACAUGCUAACAGCAACAAAGAUUUUACCGAGUGCCAAAGAACAAAUGGAAGCCAGAAUGACACUGUUACAAAGAUACAUGAGUUUACGUUAUCGUUUGUUUCGCACGCUAGCUCCCUGACAACGAAUUUUUUCUAAACGAUAGUUACAUGUAAACUAUCGGAGAAUAAUUGUCAUAGUGUUUCUAGAACAACAAGAACUGAAUGCAAAGUUUUAAAGCAACCAUAGUGGAAUCGACGAAAGUGUGGAACAGAGAAAGAAAAUCAUAGCGUGACUCGAAAUAAACAGUUAUGUAAAUUUCACUUGUACUGCUCGUUGACAACAUAUAUCAUCGAUUCGCUUAAAUGACUUCAAAGUCGAUUUGCAAUUUGUUAUACGCGCCAGAGUUGUUGAAAUCGAUAUUCGCUAAGUUAGCAAGAUUCUUUUAUUUUCUAUCAUAAAACUAAAAGCACCAAUCAUUACAUCAACAGGUUGCAGCCAAGAUAGUCUAACUCAAGAACAUUAAAAGACAAAACAAAUGUAUGUCUUUCAUUGGUCUUAUAACAUUUCCUGUCUAAUUUUCUUUUUUAUGCAGAUGACGUGAAAACUUCAUUUUCUCUAGAUGACGUAGAUAACAAUUUUUUGAGUCAAAAUAAAAUUUACAUUACAGAA